AUGUCAAUAAAAAAACUUAUAUAUUUAAUAAUUUUAUUUUAUUUGAUAUCUGAAAUAAAUUGUAGUGAAACCUCAAAUUCACCUAUUAAUAGUAACUUUUAUCUAGGAAUCCCAUAUAUAUUUGAUAAGAGAUGUUUAACGAUUUUUCUUGAAGUAUAUAAUCUUAAUUUUGAGAUAUUUUCUUUAAGUAAGAGAUUUAAUUGGAUUUUAUCUGAACAAGCCAUGUUGAUUAAUGUUGAUUUAUUUUCCAAUCUUAGGAAGAUGUACGCCUAUUUACAUAAAGCAUCUCGAAUCUAUGACACAAUGGCUGAAUUUCAAGAAUUAGGUAUUACAAAUCCUUUUGAAUGUAGUAUUGGUCCACUAAAUAAUCCAGCAAAUAUACUUUUAGAAAGUAAUUCUUAUAUGAUUCAAGCAGAAGUUGAUAGCUUGGAAUGUGCAUGUAGAUGUUUACAAACACAAGUACAAAUAUUAGAAGGAAUAAAAGUGGGAUACUGUAUUUUCAUACUUGAAUUUAUUCUAUUUAUUUCUGAAAGAGCUUGUUUUCUUCUUACAAUUUUAGAAUAUAUAUUGGGUUUUUUACGAAAUAUUCUCUUUUAUCAUUUUGGUAUUGGAGAUGCUAGUUAUAUUAAUACGCAUAAAUUAGGAGUUUUAUUGGAAUUACCUGGUAUUAUACAAGAUGAAUUAUCUGCUAGUGAAGCUAUUUCUACAUUAAUUGAUUAUAUUUUGACAGGAGAGAACUUUGAACAUUAUUCUAAUAUGUAUUAUGAUACUGAUUUAGGUGAAUUCGAAUCUGGAAUAAGUAGAACUCUAUAUUUACAACAUAAUAUGAUGUGUGAAGGAAAACAAAUCGAAAAUCCUUCUAAUUCUGAAGACUCUAAUCUAUUUACUUCUCAGAAAAUGGAUAUGGUACAAAGUAAUGUAGAUUCAAAUGUUAAAGUAGAGUCUCCAGCGAAUAGUGAUGAAGAAAUGAUUAAAAAAAAAGUUAGUUCUGAUUUAAAUAAUCGUAGGGGUCGAAGUCGUAGAACUCGUAGAACUCGUAGAACUCGUAGAGAUCGUAGAGAUCGUAGAGACCGUAUUUCUAGUUCAAGCUCAAGUUCAAGUCCUGGUUCUGUUCCUGGUCAUUAUCCUUAUCCUGAUCCUGAUCCUGGUCCUUGUAGUUCUACUUCUAGUUCAAGUUAUAGUUCAUGUUCAAGUCUUGAUUAUCGUAGUUCUACUUAUAGUUCAAGUUAUAGUCCUAGUAGUCAUAGAAGUAGUAGUUCUAUUUCUAGUUCAAGCCCUAGUCUUAGUCGUCGUAGAAGUUGUAGUUCUAGUUCAAGUUCAAGUUCUAACCCUAGUCGUCGCAGUUCUGGUUCUAGUUCAAGUUCAAGUUCAAAUCCUAGUCUUAGUCGUCGUCGUAGUUCUGGUUCUAGUUCAAGUUCAAGUUCAAGUUCAAAUCCUAGUCUUAGUCGUCGUCGUAGUUCUGGUUUUAGUUCAAGUUCAAGUUCAAAUCCUAGUCUUAGUCGUCGUCGUAGUUCUGGUUUUAGUUCAAGUUCAAGUUCAAAUCCUAGUCUUAGUCGUCGUCGUAGUUCUGGUUCUAGUUCAAGUUCAAGUUCUAGUCUUAGUCGUCGUAGUUCUAAUUCUAGUUCAAGUCCUAGCUGUCAUAGAAGUUACAGUUCAAGUUCAAGUUCAGGCUCAAGUUCUAGUCAUCGUAGAAGUCAUAGUUCUAGUUCUAGUCAUCGCAGAAGUCGUAGUUCUAGUUCUAGUUCUAAUUCUAGUUCAAAUCCAAGUUUUGACCCUAUUUGUCGUGGCUAUAGUUAA